ACUAAUUUUCUAAGGUGAAUAUCAUCAGGUAAUCUAUAAAUGUGUCUGGUGUCUGGUCUGAAGUAUGAAUAACUUAAGCGUUUCUAGUACAGUUUCAACGUCUGAAGGGCUCAGGCCGCUCAGCUACCUCUCAACCACAAUUGUGUAUGUCUUAUUUGGCGUAUUUGGAAUCAUUGGCAAUGGGCUCGUGCUCCUUGUUAUUGCCAGAGUCGAUGAUCUCCAGAGUGUCACAAAUCUCUUCAUCGCCAACCAAUCCCUGAUCGAUCUAUGUACGUCGGUUAUCCUAAUCGCUACCUAUGUUCUACCACUGCCAUCACUGCCAAAAGAUCGACCAGGUCUGGCUACGUUUAUCUGCCGUUACUGGUAUAGUAGGUACCCGUUCUGGUCACUUAUCGUAGCUAGUUCUCUGAAUCUGGUCCUGAUGACACUGGAACGUUUUUGUGCCGUAUUUUACCCUAUCCGUUUCAGACAACAUACCAACUAUAGGCUCCUCAAAUUCAUCGCAUUGUUCCCUUGGGCAAUAGGGUUUCUUUUUCAGCUCUCGUCGGGGUAUUUUGCAUCCUUUGAUGGUAACGACUGCAUAUUAUCAUUCUUCUCCAACCCUGCUUUCAAGAACAUCUUUCAACCAGCCGCCAUAUCUCUGGAAUUCAUAUUGCCUGUUUUUGCGAUGGUUUUCGUGUACACAGCGAUCUUCAUUCGGCUUCGAAAUGAUGGAAUGCGCGCUUUCAAUCGUUCUACGCGAAGCGGGAACAAGGCCGCAAGUUCAAAAGCCGCAAACCAGCAACCGCGCAUCACCGAUUAUCGAAGCAGAGCGAGAAUCAACACCAUAAAGACACUGCUAAUUGUUUCGGCGUUUUUCAUUUUAUGUUGGUCUACGAAUAUGAUAUUAUUCUUCAUCUUCAGCUGCUGCGGUGGAGGUGUUGAUUUGAACAGCUUGCUCUAUAAGAUUUCCGUAUUUCUUGGUUUUGGAAACAUGUGGAUAAAUCCCUUCAUUUAUUCUUUUCAAUACCGCUGGUUUCAGAAAGGUCUAAGAAAGGUCUUCUGCAAGGGUAAAAUAAAGAGCAACACUGAAGCGGUACAAACAAUAUCAAAAGCUCGAAAUCAGACAAGUGAAACGGUGUCUCUUUAA